GUAGCCUCUUGUUUUGAGCUUCUUUGUUGCUUGGGCUGUAAAGAUGUCUGGACGUGGCAAAGGAGGAAAAGGCUUGGGCAAAGGCGGUGCGAAGAGGCAUCGGAAGGUUCUUCGGGAUAACAUCCAGGGAAUCACCAAGCCUGCUAUCCGUCGUUUGGCUCGUCGUGGGGGAGUGAAGCGCAUCUCUGGCCUGAUCUACGAGGAGACUCGAGGUGUGUUGAAGGUUUUCCUAGAAAACGUGAUUCGUGAUGCAGUUACCUACACCGAGCAUGCCAAACGGAAGACCGUGACUGCCAUGGAUGUAGUCUAUGCUUUAAAACGCCAGGGUCGUACCCUGUAUGGUUUUGGCGGUUAAAAGUUCAGUCCAGGUCCUGCAGAGCUAAAAAAGAAAAAACAAAACCCAAAGGCCCUUUUCAGGGCCAC